AUGGCCUUGGUAGAAAGAGGAGGUUGUUUAUGGAAUAAAAAAUUAUCAACAGUUAUUCAAUUAUCAUCACUUUAUGAAUUGAAUAUUGAAGCUAUGAUGAUUUAUGAUAAUGAUACCCAUGGAUCCAAUGUUUCAUUUGAAUUACAAAGUACAAUAUUGGAUAAUAAUAAUAAUGAACAACCUCUACCUUCUGGAACAACUUUACCAACAAAUCGAAAUAUAUCUUAUAUGAAGGAUAAUGAUUUACAACAACAACAACAACAAAAUAACAAUAAUAUUCCCAUCUAUUUCGUCACAAACGAUUAUGGUCUUUAUUUGAAAAAUCUCAAUCAUUCUACAACCUCUGGUCUAUAUCAAUUUUAUCAAAUAGUUCCAUUUUUCUCUAUGACAUACUUGGAAAAAGAUAAUAACAAAACUGGAAAUGAUGGUAAUCAAUAUGGUAAUGAUGGUGGAGAAUAUCCUGGUGUAUUACAAUCAAGUAGAGGUUACCUAUCUUAUAUUAUUGCUCUCGUGGCUAUCUUUCUCUUAGGUAUGAUAUUUUUAAGAUGGUGGCGACUUCGUAGAAUGCGAACACAAGUUUCCGCUCAAAAUGAACAAGUCAUCGAUCCAAAUUAUAUACUACAUACAAGAGUAGAUCAAGUAGAUCCUUUACCAGUACCCAUUGUCAACUCUCUUCCUAUUAUCUAUUAUUCUGUGGACAGAGUUAAGAAUGCAAACUGUGCUAUUUGUUUGGAUGAUUAUAUAGAAAAUAAAACUGAACUUCGAAUGUUACCUUGUGGUCAUGGCUUUUGUGUUUUAUGUAUAGAUCCAUGGCUUACUCAAAAAUCUACUUUAUGUCCUAUAUGCAAAUAUGAUUGUUUACCAUCCAAUUUACGAGAAGAACGAAAUAGACGACAACUUGGUCUUAGUUUUGGUCGACAUCGUCUGUCUGCUCCACCUACUUCAACUACUACUACUACUUCAUCAUUACAACCUCAGCAACAAUCAAUUGAUCACAAUCAACAAGAAAAUGGAAAUAUAGAAUCAUCUACUACAGAACAUCAUUCAUCAUCAGAACAUACCUUGGAUAUUACUGAUUAUUAUCAGCAAUCUUCUUCUUCUUCAAGGAAUUGA